UAAUGAAGAUGAUAAAUAUGUGGAGGAGAAGUGUGGAAAGUGUGUAGUGGGGAUGAAGUAUUGUAAGAGAAGAUAGUAACAGAAUGGACUACAUAUGUUUUUUAAUAUUGUUAUAGAACGAAUCAAGAUUUACGCAUUUUAAUGUCUAAGUGUUAAUUUUUCUGUUCAAGUCGGUACAGGUACUGUAUUCGAAAUGGCCACAAAUGAACUUGAUAGUGAUUCUACGAAGACCCUCGAAAAUGUAUCUGUGUCUAUGCAGCAGUGUUAUGAAAAUUAUAUAAUAGUUGAUAUUGGAGCAAAUUUAACCAACAAGAAGUAUGGGAGAGAUCUGGAUUCCGUUAUACAACGGGCAAAGGACUCUGGUGUCCAGAAGAUCAUGGUAACUGGGACAUCUCUCCGGACAAGCAGAGAGGCCCUUCGACUAACAAGGAUUUACCCAGGAACCUUAUAUUCAACAGCAGGAAUCCAUCCUCAUGAUGCAAAGUCAUGGACAGAAGGUUACCUUGAAGAAUUGCGGGAAAUUGUCAUGAACCCUGAGUGUGUGGCUGUAGGCGAGUGUGGUUUAGAUUACAAUCGUGACUUCUCACCAGUUGAUAUUCAGAAAGAAGUUUUUGAAAAACAGGUUCAGCUUGCAUGUGAGCUUGGUAAGCCCCUCUUACUGCAUGAACGAGAUGCCCACCAGGAUUUACUGGACAUUCUCAAGAUUUACAAGGACCAUUUGCCUGCUAUGGUUGUUCACUGCUUUACUGGCACGUCUGAACAAGCACACAAUUACCUGCAAAUGGGAAUGUAUCUGGGUAUGACAGGUUAUCUUUGUAAAGAUAGGUCUGACAAUGGAGUACGUAAGGUACUGGAAGAUGGACUCAUUCCCUUGGACAGACUCCUGGUGGAGACAGAUUCCCCAUUUAUGUAUCCUAACACACGUGCUUCCAAGCUGCCAACUCACGUCAGGGAAGCUCUGACUGAGAGGUCUCUGACCUUUCUACAGAGGUACUGUACCUUCCAACGCAAUGAGCCUUGUUCACUGCCUGCUAUUGUAGAAAUGAUUGCAGCAUUUAUGAAGAAGCCUGCUGAAGAGGUGGCUCUUGCAACGGCCUUCAAUGCACUCAAGAUUUUUGGUCUCUCUCAAUGACCUGGAUCUUUCCUAGGCUCAUGGCAUUACAGAGGCAGCCCAGUAAUUCAUUCUUCUAGUGUAGUAUGUUCUGUAAAUAGUCAACCAGGGUGUGGAAUUCAUAUGGUUACCAUCUGAUCUUCUCAGAGGAUUAACUUCUUAGUCUUAAAACAAAAACCUUGUGGUGAGGUUGUAAACCUGUGUCUGCAUAUUACAUGCUUAAAAUCACAUGAUGCCUUUGAAAGAAAUUUUGUAUGGAAGAUCUGUACUGAACGUUGUUGGGUUCAUUUAAUUUUGAAGGUUACUGUUUUCUUUGUGAGAGAUGUCACCGCACAGCCUAGUAGAAAGUUACCUGUGUUUUGAAAGAACCUCCUGUUGCCAUCUUCAAAAUAGAAAUUUCUUCUACCCUGAAGACGGAGUGGCGGGUUCCCCUGAAACAUUGUUAACUUCCUACAAGACUUUGUAGUGCAACAUUUUUUUUUUUUUUGCUGGCUCUACAGCCCACUUGGGCCUGUCCUCUCAUCUUCAUUU